GCGUGCGCAGCACCCAAUGGGUGCCCGGACGCGGAAGACGUGGUCCCGCGGAGGCUCCCGCUUCUGGAGCGUGGGAGGCGCAAGUGGCGGCAGGUUGUAGAUUUUGGUCUUGGCCCCAAGGGGUUCCCCCGGGCCAUUAGAAUCCAAGAGAGGAAGAGUAGUUACCGCGGCGGCGGCCGAGGGGCCGAACCCUCAACUGUCCUCCAGGCGGGAGGGGUGCCAGGGAGGGGAGAAGCACCGAUCACAGGGCUGAGGAGUCUUCAGGACUGGUCCCGGAGUAUGGGGGGCUGGACCAGGUCCCUAGGCAUGGGGAGCUGGAGUCGCCGAGGCCGCCUGGCCGGGCCCUGCCUAACUGUUAGCUCCUUGGUGCUAGCGCUGCCAGAGCAGCCGCGGUGUCUGUAGCCCGGCCCCACUUGAGGUCGUCAGCCGAAUGAUAGCAGCAUGAGUCCCUCCGCUGCCUAGUUUCCUCCCCUCCUCUUUUACCCCUGUCCUCUUUCCUCUCCUUCCUCUUCCUCAUACAUUGUCCUUUUCCUCUCCUGUGCUCGUCUUUUCUCUCUACUCUGGCCUCCUUUUACCAUAUCUUUUGAUUCCUUUCCCCCUUCUGUCCUAUUCCUUUUACCCCCUGACCUCCUGCUUCUCCUUCUAUCCUUUUCGCCUCCCUCUUGCUCUUUCCCAUCCUCCUCCCAUCCCUUUCUUCCACAUUUUAUCGUAAGCCUCCACCACAACCUCUCCAUUCUCCCCUCCCUCACUAUCAUCCUCCCUUCCUCAUCCUCAUCCCCCUUCCCUCCUCCUCCUCUCCUGCUUUUCUCCGCCCCCAAGCCUCCGCCCCUUAGCCCCCGCCCCCAGCUGCCAGUCCCCAGCAGCUCAGUCCUGCAGUGAGAGUGUUGGGAGUCCAUAGCUAAGCACCAGGAGCUGAGCACUGUCCGCUGUGCCUGCCUGCAAGUCUCCGAUAUGGCUCAAGAGAAAAUGGAGCUGAACCUUGAGCCUGACACAUCUGAUGGGGCCACCCUGAGGAGAUCCAGCAGCGCUCCCCUGAUCCAUGGGCUUAGUGACCUUUCACAGAUUUUUCAGGCUUACCCAUUUAAAACUCGGAGGAAUAGUACAACGAUUAUGAGCCGUCAUAGCCUGGUAAGUAUAGAAUUGCUGUCAUCCUCACCUAAUCGGAUUCCAAGUAGCAGAGUGCAUCAAAUCAAAAGGGAGGAAGGCAUGGAUAUGAUGAACAGAGAAGCUGCACAUGAAAGGGAAGUGCAAACGGCAAUGCAGAUAAGCCAAUCAUGGGAUGAGAGCUUGAGCCUGAGUGAUAGUGAUUUUGACAAACCAGAGAAAUUGUAUUCUCCUAAAAGGAUUGACUUCACUCCAGUUUCUCCGGCACCAUCACCCACCAGAGGAUUUGGAAAGCAAUGUUUUUCACCAUCCUUACAAAUGUUUGUGAGCAGCAGUGGGCUACCACCAAGUCCCAUUUCUAGCCCGAGACAUUUCUCCAGCAGGAGGAGUCAGAGUCCAGUCAAGUGCAUUAGGCCCAGUGCUCUUGGUCCUGUUAAAAGAAAAGGUGAAAUGGAGACUGAAAGCCAGCCCAAGAGGCUCUUCCAAGGCACUACCAAUAUGCUGUCUCCAGAGGCUGCACAAUUAUCUGAUCUCAGUUCAUGUUCAGAUAUUUUGGAUGGCAGUAGUAGCAGCAGUAGCAGCAGUGGCUUAUCCUCAGACUCACUGGCUAAAGGCAGCACAACCGCAGAGUCUCCAGUAGCAUGCUCCAAUUCAUGCCCUCCGUUCAUCUUGAUGGAUGAUCUCUCACCCAAGUGACUUACCCAUUUCUGAUUCAGUGUUUUAACUGCUGUUUCUUACAUAAAACGUUCAGUGAGGAACGCAGAGAACUUUGAUCCAUAGUGAGGAUUAAAGUGUUACAAAUUUAAACCAUUUUGACGCCAUUCUUUUUUGGCAUCUCUCUUCUCUAAAGUUCAAUUUUACUAGUGUAAUGACCUUACUUAUGUCUCUUUGCUGAUGUCAUUUUGGAUCUAGUGACUAAAUCUCAAAUAUUCAUUUUUGAUUGCUUACAGUCUAUAUUUUCUCAGUGCCUCAAAGAGCACCCAUUUUAGAGUAUAUGUUUAAAGAAAGCACUGAUGUAUUUUUGAUAAUGGUUCUUUUUCCCAGCAGUGAUAUGAGAGCUACAGUUGAUCAGAAAUUCUCUUGCUUGAGAGAUUUUUUUUGUCCUCCGUUGACUACAUAGUUUCAGAUCUUUUUCUUUCACAAUAAUAGGUGAAUUGCUUUUGAUUGUAUUAAAUUUUUAUUUUUCUCCAUCAGCUUAAAGUAUAUUAUUUUGUUUCCCUUUUCUGUUUGAGCUGCUUACUUGCCAUUUCUCACAGAGCGGAAGAAACACGUAGUUGCUUUCAUUACUACCCAUGUUGCUUCUUAGCUGUUGGACUGUGUGAGGAUUGGUUUUAGUGCUGAGAAUGUAAACGGACUUUAAAGGAUGCUUGUAGUAGUCACCAUAGGUUCUUAUGUAUGACUUAGCUACCACAAUUGAUAUUUUUCUGCCUAAAGCUAUUCCCUUAAGGAGUAUAUAAAAUAUUGUUAAUGUUUCUAGGUGGUGUUAUCAAGGAGAAGAAAUUCCUGCGUUGACCAGAUGUGUGGAGCAUCUACAAAUGAAUGAAUAAUGUUAUUUACACACAAACCACUGUGUAGAAAAGCAUACAUGGAGCUUGACAGCUUGUCUUGGGUGGUAUUAUGAGGCCUGAGGUGCCUUGGGGUACAGUGCUGUGCUGUAAAGAAAUAUAUCAUAAGGUAGGGUAGAAAAGGGAGCUUUAUGUGUCUGAUUGCCACAUACUAUCUCGAUUGCCGCUUUUUUCUGAUUACUUUUUUUGUCAUUGGAUUCAUUUGUUGUGUGGUGAGUGGUGCUGCUGACUGUGUUUUGGUCAUUGUGUAGCCACCAGAAUCAGAAUCCAGUUCUUGUUCAUGCUGCCUUAUAGCAAGGGCAGUCUAAUAUCUACAAGGAAGCUUUUAGGAGCUGAAAAAGUCAGUGUCGUUGUGCAUUCUGCUUUUAAGAAGCUGCUUGAGCUGUGAACAAUGUACGUGAUAGUAAGUCCGAGGUACCAAAACUUAUUUAAUUAUGAAAAGAGGGAAAUUCUGAAUGGAGCUAUUUGAAAAACCUGAGUAUAGUCUAUUGCCGUGUUAUUUAUUAUUUAAAACUAAAAAAUGUCUGUCAUGAUAGAUUUCUUUUAAUGUUCAAAUAUCGUGGAUGAAUUAUCUGUAUUUAAUAUGCAAAUUUGCCUUCUAGGAUCAUAAUCCAUUUUUCAGUGAAUGUAAGAAAUGAAAACUACUGCGUUUGUAUCUUUUGAAGGCAAAGAUCCUUGAAUCUUAAAGGAAGAUGUUGCACUUUGCGGGUACUCACAAACUAGUAAUACUCUAUGGCUCGAAGGGAAACCUGUUCUCUUUGAAUUGUAAGAGAGCAUCACUUGGCAGUAAGUUGUUUUCUUACAGCAUCAGAUGUGUUGCUUAUUUUAAACUGUAGUAACCACCAUACUGGCCAUUAAUGGCUUUCUCAUAAUUGCUUUCACCUGUGCAAAGUCCAUAAUCCUUCAAACCUAACAUAAAUGUGUAUAUUAUGAAGAUUCUUCCCUUGUAUGCCAUUUCAAAGCAACAUUACUUCAGUGUUAUUCAGUGUUUAUUCUGUUUGUAAAGAACCAUGUUAAGCUGUUUCUGCCUAUAUAAUACCAAGAGAUGGUUUUAUCUUACAGGAUGUUUAUCCACCCUCACUCUACUGUCGUUUUGCCUUAAAGGGACACUUUUGGCCAUCAUUUUUGGGGCUCUAAUUUAGAACUUUUAAGAAAUAACCUUUGGAAUGUGAUAAUAUUUAUUUUUGGAAUUCUAUAGUGAGGGAGAAUUGGGACAAGAAAAUGAAAUUGUUCCAAUGGGAACUAGGAGGCAAGACGAUUCACUUUAUUAUUUAAACCAAGUUUUGUCUUUAUUGUUUAAAUUGACUAGAAAGUUAAGUUUGUGCAGGGAUUGUUUUGAAAUAAAUAAAAGAGAUGCUAACCUUCAGAUGAGCUUGGUUGACAGUACCCCUUUAUUUUUAUAUAAAGUUUAAUAUUUGAAAAGCGAUAGUUGUUAUAAAUUAAAAUUCUUCCUAGUCUAAUAUUAUAUCAUAUUUCAGGCUUCUAUUUGAAAGAUGAUAUGAUAAGAAAAUCCUAUAGAUGCUCUUUUUGCUUGACUGACUUAUAUAAUCACUGUAUUUCAUGAAAACUGCUUUUGGAAUAAUAGGAAAUUUUGUGAAAUGCUGACUUUGUGUAUAUCUUAGAAUGCAAAUUUAAUAAAGUGUGUACACAUGUAUAAAAUUC